UCAACAAGCACAAUGUCUCGCGUUCUCUCACUGGUAUGUCUUCUAGCGGUGGCCAGUUUGGCUCUACUGAUUGGCUGUGAGGCCUCCUACCCUCUGGUCGUAGCACAUGGGCACGGUUACUACCCCUACAAGUCCCCCGGACAUGGAUACUACGGCGGAUACCCAUACAAAUACGACAACCAUGGGUACGACUACAAAGGCUACCCUGGAUAUGGCUACCACGGUUAUGGUGCUCCCUACGGCUACCCUGCCUAUGGGUAUGGCCACGGACACGCCCACUGGUGA